CCAACGUCUUCUUCACUCUCUUUCACUGGUGUGCCGACGACAAAGCCAACAUGCCUAGCGCUCGCAGGACCCGAAGUAAGCGGGGAAUAGAGGCGAACCAGGAAGCGUCGUCCCGUCCGGGCAAGAAACCAAGGAAAUCAGCAGCAAUACAAGAGACCGGGAAAGCUGAACAUGCUGACCUUGUCCAUGGAGAGCUCACUUCUUCGCUCGACCGCCUGCCUGAACUGCCAAUUGAUGUGCUCUACGAGAUUUUCGGCCAUCUCGCUCCGGAAGACCUACUGCGCUUGGCAAGGUCAAACAAGUCCUUCAGGAACUUGCUGCUGAGCCGUUCCUCCGCAGUGGCUUGGAGGACGGCUCGUCACAAUGCCCCGGCACUUCCCAACUGUCCGCCUUACUUAAGUGAACCUAAAUAUGCAAGCCUCAUGUUCGAGUCCCAUUGCUAUAAUUGUGGCGUGGAU